AUGCGCGCGCCCCCGCCGCUCUUGGCCGAAGCUCCUGGUGGCCUUGAUACUCCGGGAGACCUUCAAACAGAUCCCAGGGACGCACUCUGGAAGCUCAAAGAUCAGUCUCAGAACAGCUUGGAGACUUCCGGGUCCAAGGAUCUCCUCAUCCACAACUCCCCGUGCGCGCACACGCACGCAUCCCGGGAGGUCCCAAAGGCUCGACCCCUGGGCGAGAAAGCCUACCCAGGCGCCUGCGGAAAACCUUCAUCAUUUGUCCUCUGGGUCCUGGAGCCCUGCUGGCAGAGGGCAGCUACUGGGAUAGGAGUCUCCACCUUCCUGCGGCCCUCCUGCACCAUGAAAACCCAGCAGAAGCGGUGGCUGGAAGCAGUGUUCGCCUACCAAUUCGUGCUCACUUUCCUCUUCAUGGGUCUUUUCUUAUCCCUUCUUGUCUUCUACCUCCUCUUCACAUCCUUCUGGCUAUUCUCUGUUCUCUACCUGACAUGGCUCUUCCUAGAUUGGGACACACCCCACCAAGGUGGAAGGCGGUGUGAGUGGAUAAGGAACUGGGCCCUGUGGAAACACCUAAGGGAUUAUUAUCCUAUCAAGCUGGUGAAAACAGCAGAGCUGCCCCCUGACCGGAACUAUGUGUUUGGCUCUCACCCACAUGGGAUCAUGAGCAUCGGAAGCGUCUGUAACUUCUCCACUGAGAGCACCAAUUUCUCUCAGAAGUUCCCUGGGCUUCGGCCCUCACUAACUGCGCUGAACUCUCUCUUCUACGUCCCAAUCUAUCGGGACUACAUCAUGUCCAGCGGAAUAUGUUCUGUGAAGCGCCAGAGCCUGGACUUUAUUCUGUCACGGCCCCAGCUUGGGCAGGCUGUGGUCAUCUUGGUUGGGGGUGCCCAGGAGUCCCUGAGUGCAAUCCCAGGAAAACAUCACCUCGUUCUCCGGAAUCGCAAAGGCUUUGUACACCUGGCACUGAGGCAUGGGGCCUCCCUGGUGCCUGUGUACUCCUUUGGGGAGAAUGAUGUCUUCAGACUUAAGGUUUUUGCCAAAGACUCCUGGCAGUAUCUGUGGCAGAUCACCUUCAAGAAGAUCAUGGGUUUUUCUCCUUGCAUCUUCUGGGGCCGCGGUCUCUUCUCUGCCAACUCCUGGGGCCUGCUGCCCUUCCCUGUGCCCAUCACUACUGUGGUGGGCCGCCCCAUCCCGGUGCCCCAGCGCUUCCACCCCACUGAAGAGGAGGUUGACCACUACCAUGAGCUCUACAUGAAGGCUCUGCAGCAACUGUUUGAGGAACACAAGGAAAGCUGUGGUGUCCCUGCUUCUACUCACCUCACCAUCAUAUAG